AUGGAUUCAGAGAAGAAAAUACAGCUUAAGAGAGAGCUUGGAUAUUUCUGGGGGGUCAAUUUUUUAAUUAUUAAUAUAAUUGGUGCAGGAAUUUUUGUGUCCCCUAAGGGGGUGCUUGAGUACUCUUGCAUGAAUGUGGGAGUCUCCUUGUGUAUUUGGGCUGCCUGUGCUGUGCUAUCCAUGACCAGUUCUCUCUGCUUUGCAGAGAUAGGGAUAGCCUUCCCAUACAGUGGGGCUCACUACUAUUUUAUCAAGAGAUGCUUUGGUUCGUCGAUUGCAUUCCUGAGACUUUGGACAUCCUUGUUUACGAGCGCAGGUGUAGUUGCUAGUCAAGCUCUGCUACUCGCUGAGUAUGGCAUUCAGCCUUUCUAUCCCAGCUGCUCUGCCCCGAAUCUACCAAAAAAAUGUCUGGCCCUGGCGGCGCUGUGGAUUGUGGGGAUUCUGAAUUCUCGUGGUGUGAAAGAGCUGUCAUGGCUUCAGACAGUGAGCACAGUGCUGAAGAUGGGCAUACUCGGCUUCAUUUCCCUCUGUGGGGUGUUCAUGCUGGUGAGAGGGAAAAAGGAGAAUGUGAGAAGACUUGAGAAUGCUUUUGAUGCCGAGUUUCCAGAGAUCUCUCAGAUUAUAGAAGCUGUCUUCCAAGGAUACUUUGCGUUUUCCGGCGGGGGAUGCUUUACAUAUGUAGCAGGGGAGCUGAAGAAACCCAACAAAACAAUUCCUCGAUGCAUAUUUACAGCGCUGCCUCUAAUAACUGCGGUGUAUUUACUGGCUAACAUAUCCUAUGUGACAGUUCUGACACCAAGAGAAAUUAUCUCUUCAGCUGCUGUGGCUGUUACAUGGACUGACAGAGUUAUCCCAGGAUUAGCAUGGAUUGUUCCUUUUGCUAUUUCCGCCUCAUUAUUUAGCAACCUUGUGAUUAAUGUACUUGAAUCAGCAAGAGUGUUAUAUAUUGCAAGUGAGCAAGGUCAGCUGCCCUUGAUGUUUAGUACCCUUAAUGUUCACUCAUCCCCCUUCGUAGCUGUUCUUCUAAACAUCAGUAUGGGAUCCAUUGCAAUUGUCUUAACAAACUUAAUUCAACUGAUAAACUAUCUCUAUUUUGCUAUUUCUAUUUGGACUCUGUUAUCCUUAAUAGGAAUCCUGAAACUGAGGUACCAGGAGCCCAAUCUACACAGACCUUAUAAGGUGUUUUUGCCGUUCCUCUUCAUAGCAAUGGCCAUCAGCCUGUGCUUGGUCUUGAUUCCCCUUGUCAAGUCUCCAAAGAUGCAUUAUAUCUAUGUGCUUCUCUUCCUUCUCAGUGGACUGCUGUUUUAUGUGCCAUUGAUACACUAUAAAGUGAAGCUGGUUUGGUUUGAGAAGUUAACUUGCUAUUUGCAAUUACUUUUUAAUAUUUGCAUACCUGAUGCAUCUGAUGAGCAAAUGUCAGAAGUAGUAAACUGAAAAAUAAAAGCCCUUUAUAACUA